AUGCAACCCCUCAAUCCAUUCCUCGCUGCCUUCUUCCGAAGCUCCCUGCCCUCACAGUGCACGCCUGUUCAUCACCACAUCCUUCUGGUCCCGACUACCGAUGUGCUCCUCACCUCCCGCGAGAUCGAGAGCGGCUCGACCUUUAACGAGGUCAUCACCUCGGAGGAGUUCCUAGCCAGCCACGUCCUGCGCAUACCGGCCUCCAACACAGCUGCCGGCGGAGUAGGAAAGGAUGGCGGCCAGAACCUGCGGGAGCUGAGGGGCAAGGCGAAGCAGUACCAGACCAUCAAUGGCAGGACCGUUGUCAUCAAAGACACUCAUGUCUACAGUAAUAAAGGAUUCAAAACUCUUGCGCAAGCUCAGCUUCUCAAUGACUCCACUUGGUAUCCCGACCUGCUUGAGCCUCGCCAAUGGCUCAUCUACUACAUCUCUCGGCCCCUCGUCGGGGUAUGGGACGAGGUCAAGAUUGUUCCUGCCGUGCUGGUAGAAGGGAUCGCGAGAAAACAGGCCCUUGAACAAAGUCAAUCGUCAGCCAUCGAGGCCGAAGGCGCCAUGCUUCCCCGGAAGAAGGACAUCAAAAGCUUCCACGACCUGCUCAACCACUUCCCUAUCAUCGCGCGACAAAUGCAGCCCGGCCUAGAGAAGCUGUUUCGCGAAUUUACGACCGUUUUCGAAAGACCGCUUCCCCCACCACCCUCGGCGAUGCGCAUACCCGAUCCCGAGCCCGAAGGGCCUAUUGCGACCGCCAUGAAGAAGGCCCGGUCCAACAGCAUGUCUGCAGCGCGGCGGCCAAAUACUAUCCCGAACGGCCUGCCGGUGACAGAGAACUUUUACGCCGAGGACGACGAGGAUGUUAUGAGAGCCUCUCUCGAGACUGCGGUAACGGCUGCCAUUGACCUGUUCCAGGGGGUCGACAAGCAACAACUCUCAAUGCUCGGCGCGACAACUGACCUGACCGGACCACUGGUAGAGAGGCUCAUCGAGCGAUAUGUCACCGAAAACGUCCACCACCUCUUGUUCCCGCGCCUCAGUGCGUUGAAGAGGCCUUAUGAUCUCGAGCUGGAGGCGAAGAUCCGGCAGAUGGAAUUUAUCGACUUGUCCCAACUUGGCAUCCCGAUUGAGGGCGGCUCUCGAGGAAAGCACGAUUUGACAAUACAACUGGGUCUCGCCGUGGAGGAAUUUAAAAAGAUGACGAAUGCCAUGAGCCCCCAGGAGAUGCUAGACCUAUUGCUGUCAACGCUGAAGUCGGUCACUCACCUGACAGACGCGUCCCCAUCGCAAGCAUCCAAGUCAUCAGAGAAGCCCACACUCACCUUCAACGCCGACACCCUCGUCUCGUUGCUGUUAUUCGUAGUCAUCCGGGCGCAAGUCAGAAACCUGCAUGCGCGCCUCAUCUACAUCCGCCACUUCAUCUUCAUCGACGAUGUAGACAAUGGCGAAAUGGGAUAUGCUUUGAGCACUUUUGAAGCCGUUUUGGCCUAUCUCGCUCUGGACUCGUCAGGACUAAGGAGAGCCAGCAGGCGAAAUAAGGCUCUGUGGGACGCGACAUGUAACGGGGCUUUGGACGAAGUCAAAAGAAUAAUGGAGCCCGACACACAUGCGAUAAUCGACGAUGACAUCUACGAGUCACCUUCAUCAAGCCGACGGCCGUCGGGUACGUGGAGCUUCACUAAUGGUUCCGCCUCGCGACGAUCCUCGACAGCUGUCACAAUUUCAGAUCGCUUUUCGUCAGGCUCGGGCCUAAGCCACGUGUUUCCGUUCCAGGCCGAGGACAGCGACCUCGAACUCGACUUCCCGCUGCCUCCGGUGCCACGCAAAGUCAAGCGAGUGGCCAUGGACACCAGAAGCAUGUCAAGCGGCUCAGAAAUCUCUUACCACUCUAGGACGACGAGUAUCGGCACCAUGGGCAGCGCGCUCGAGGGCGACAUUUCGGUUGAUCGGCUGUCGCAGACACACAACUCUUUCGGGGAGUCGCUGCUUAUGAUGGCUGUGCAGAAUGAGAGACCCAACGUAUUAAAGUACCUUUUGUCAUUAAACGAAUACUACCAGGCCGCGGCCAUCCUGGAAGAUAUCAACAACGAGGACACAACGUUGCUUAGCGCCGCGGUUCAGCUGGGCCAUACAGAACUAAUCACCACUCUCCUCGAUUUUGUCAUUAAUAGUGCGUCAAAGGAGCGUCUAAAAGAAUACUUGGCCCAGCAGGACAUCUGGGGGCGCAGCUGCGCGCAUUACCUGUUCCACGCGCCGUUCCUCAUCUCUCGGAUCGGGAAAUUAGUCCCCUGGCGGCAAAAAGACAAGAAUGGGCAGACGCCGCUCUUCGCGCUGUGUCGGUCGUAUGACCAUGUGCACUACCACGAAAUGGUGGAUGCCGGCCUUGAUGCGGCCACGGAAGCGCAGGGUGACGGGCUUCCGCUCCACGUUGACGAUCAUGUGGACGGCAAGGGGAACACGCUGCUUCACAUUGUCAACGAUCCGCAGCUCGCGGCCAGGAUUCUUCACCAGUGCGACGUGGAUGUCAAUGCGACCAACGACAAGAAGUUCACGCCGUUGAUGGUCGCCAGCAAGUACGGCAGGCUGGACAUGGUCAGGACGCUGUACGUGGAUGCACGCGUCGAUGUUGCAGCCCGAGAGCUCCGCAGCCUGACGGCCGUGGAACUGGCCAAAGACGACGAUAUCCGAAAUAAGAUUGACGACUUGGCGCUGUUUAGCAUGCCUCCUGCCGCGGAUGCCCGUAUUACCGGUGUCGUAAGGGCCUUUUUCGUCGAAGAUGCGACCAUUCGCUUGGUCUUAAAGUCGGCCGCCCCCGCCGACCACAUGAGCUACACCGUCACGACGAGCCGCCGAAACCUCUCCGAUUUCGAGCACCUCGGCAAUCUGCUUGCGCUGGAGAAUCCCGCAUCAUGGAUUCCCGCAGUGGCCGGGGUCCGGUCGCCGUUCCAGAUCCCGUCGAAGCCGUCGAGGGCUGUUUUACGGGACAUUCAGACUAGGACAGACUGGUUCCUCAAAAUCAUGCUCAACCACCCGACGUUUGCGACACACGAAAUGCUCUGGGAGUUUUUCCUCGUGCCCGACAUCCAGCUCGGCAUGAUGGAGCAGAGAAGCAACCUCAAGGCCGAGACACGAGCGGAGAAGGUGCGGGAGGAGUACGAGCCGGUCAAAGACGUGCGUGAAGUUGAACAAUUUGUCGACCACGCGAGGGAAAUGGUGCGCAGCGUCAACUACUCGACCAAGAGCGUGGCAAGAAGAGUCAACGCCGUGGCCGUUGUUGCAUCAGAUCUACACGAUGCAUCGGCUCUUCUACACCGAGCGGUCUCGACGCUGCAGUUCCUGCCACCGGCUUACAUCACAGCGCUGGAAGCAUACGUCCGCACCCUCACGCCGAUGCAAUCAAACCCUUACGGCGUGUUCCACUCUACAUUCUUGGCAUCACAAUCGACGAUUCAAGGUCUACUGUCAGCGCUGUCGCGUCCGCCGGCGCUCAUCUCGCAGAUAUCGGCGGCGCGCAAGGCGGUGGAGCGAAACUACAAUUCGCUCAACAGGUCGACGCGAUGGCCACUAGGACUCCUGGACGACACGCGACAACGGCUCAACGAGGAGAGGGAGGAGAAGGCGCGACAAUCGCAGGAGCAGGUGGACGACCUCGGUCGAGAGCUCCGGUACCAUCAGCAAGUGGUGGCUGGGGAGCUCGCGGGGUGGCAGGAUCUGCACGAGAAGAUGGGGCGACGGGCGAUCAAGGAAUUCGCCAAGGGCAUGGUGAUCCAGGAACGGCUCCGGAUGGACGGGAUGCUAAGGGCGCUGCGCCGGCUCAGGGAAGGCAAGGCGGAACUCGAGACGUUGGCGGAGGCUGUUUCAGGAGAGACGAGUAUGAGUCAAUCGACGCAAGACGGCACGAGGAUGGGGAUGGGGAUGGGGAUGGGGAUGGGGAUGGGGAUAGAUGCAGGUGAGGGAGCCAGCAGCGCGGCGGCGACGACGAACGGUACGAGUACGAGUAGUACCAGUACCAGUACAAGUGCCAGUAGCAGCAGCAGCAGCAGCAGUAGCAGCAGAGUGGGCAACGGAAUGGUGGCGAAUGUAGCGGCAUUUUAG